UGAUAUCUUUUCGCGCUUUUUAUUUAUAUCUGUUGUCAUUCAAGCCAAACACGAUAGUCCGUCAGUGCCAUCUUUGUUUUUCGGCAACGAAGGAGGGUUUUAGCGUGUAGCCUUCUCUUCUCUAUGCGUCUUUCCUAUCCGUUGUAGAAGACGCUGCUACACAGCCCACCGCAAGACAGUCUUCUUCAACCCCUUUUACCUUCCACCAUCAGCCCAUCAGAGAGUAUCAGAAAGAUGAUUGCUGUAUCUGGACUGACUGGUAGUCCCUCCAGAUGCUGUUUCCAAAUUCCAGUACGCAGUUCCGGUUCACUAUGUGGGCGAGUUUCAAAUUUCCCUCAUAGUUGGAAGCCUGCAGGAAAGAAUGAGCUACUUCGUGGGGAAAGAAGUUAUUGGACUGGUUUUACACAAAGAUUGAAUGCACGAAAAACACAUCUGCUCAAGUUUUCCAUGGAUGCAUCGUAUGGUGAUAUUCCAAAUGAACCAACUGCUAUCUUUCCUAGGAUUAAUGUGAGGGACCCAUACAAACGACUUGGAAUAAGCAGGGAGGCUUCUGAAGAUGAGAUCCAAGGUGCAAGGAACUUCCUUAUCCGACAGUAUGCAGGUCACAAACCAAGUGUGGACGCAAUUGAAUCAGCACAUGACAAAAUAAUCAUGCAGCAGUUUUAUGACAGAAAGAACCCAAAAAUUGACUUUAAAAAAAAGGUUAGGGAAGUCAAUCAGUCUCGUAUUGUGCAGGCGGUGAGAAAUAGGUUUCGAACUCCAUCCACAAAGUUCAUUAUAAAAACGUCCAUUGCGUUUGUCGUGCUUGGAGCUCUCACUGUUCUAUUUCCAACCGAAGAGGGUCCAACCCUUCAGGUAGCCAUUUCCUUGUUGGCUACCAUCUACUUUGUAUAUGACAGGCUGAAGAGCAAAUUACGAGCUGUGCUCUACAGUGCUGGAGCAUUUGUUUUCUCAUGGCUCGUGGGAACCUUCUUGAUGGUGUCUGUGAUUCCACCCAUACUCAAAGGACCAAGAAGUUUUGAGUUGACAACUUCGUUGAUAACCUACGGCCUACUCUGGGUCUCGUCUACUUAUCUGAAGUAAUUUCUGUUCUUAAGGCAAACCUCAAUUUUGUCGGAUUUGGAAACCACAGAUUUUCUUGGAGAUUUAGCUCAUGUGUCCUUUAUAGUGAUAGUGCUGAUAAUUCUGGCAAAUUGUGAUGACGAGGCUCCUAGUUUUAGAAGAUAUUUGUUUUCCAUCGUUUGGAGAAAGGGUGUAAAAUUAGAUGAAAGAGAUCGGUUUAAGCAAUU